AUGGUCAAGAAGCUCGGUCUAACCACUGAGAAACACCCGCACCCAUAUAAGCUGCAAUGGCUUAACAACAGCGGAGAAAUUAAAGUGACCGAGAGGGUCAAGAUUCCGUUCAGCAUAGGUAGGUACCAAGACGAAGUCCUUUGCGACAUUGUACCUAUGCAAGCCGGUCAUAUCCUUUUAGGACGACCAUGGCAAUUUGAUAGAGAGGUGAUACAUGACGGACGAGUCAACCAAUAUUCCUUUGUUCAUAACAAAAGGAAGGUUGUACUAGCACCUCUUAGUCCAUCUCAAGUGCAUGAGAUGCAGCUCAAACUAGCUAAAGAAAGCGAGUCAAAGAAGGCUAAUUUCUAUCUCACAGCUAGUCAAGUCGGUAAGGCUAUUCGACAAGAACAAAAUGUCCUUCUUUUAGUCUUCAAGGACCUCAUGAGCAUAAGGACCGAAACGUCCCAUGAUAGCCCUUCUAUAAGCCGACUUCUUGAGCAGUUUAAGGACAUUUUUCCCGACGAGAUACCGGCUGGACUUCCCCCGAUACGAGGGAUAGAGCACCAAAUUGAUCUAGUACCCGGUCACCUUUGCCUAACCGACCAGCCUAUAGGAUGA